UUGGGGGGUAAGGCUUUAUAUUGUGUAGAAAAAUUGAGAAGAAAUUGUUAAAAUUAAAAUUAAUGGAAAAUCAAUUUCUUUGUUUUAGGGAAGCGCCAAAUUUUGUUAAACUGGGUGAUGUAAAUUUAAAUAUAAGAGAAGGUGUUGUUGCAACUCAAAGAUUUCGUAUUGAUAAAAUUAUAAUUCAUCCAAAUUAUAAUGCUGAUUUAAAUUAUCAUGAUAUCGCUCUUAUUAAAUUAUCUAAGCCAGCUGUUUUUACGAUUUAUGUACAUCCUAUUAGAAUGUGGCCACAACGAGAUAUACCAUAUACAAUGGCAUUUGCAAUGGGUUAUGGUGCUACAACAUUUGGUAGAAUACCAACUGGUGUCUUAAGUUUUUUAAAUUUUACAUUAAUUGGAAAUAAAGAAUGUAAUGAAUCAUUAGCACAUAUCGAAGAAACACCAUAUGGUAUAGUUGAUAGUCAAAUAUGUGCUAUAAAUACUCAAACAUCUGCUGAUAUAUGUCAAGGAGAUUCAGGUGGACCAUUACAAUUACAUUUACCGGGUUUGGAACGUCCAAAUUAUUUUUUAAUUGGUGUAACAUCAUUUGGUUUGAUAUGUGGUAGUAGAUCACCAAGUGUUUAUACUAGAGUUCAUUCAUAUUUAGAAUGGAUAGAAGAUACAAUUUGGCCAGAUUAA